UCCUGGCUCUUCUCCACUCGAGACAGGAGACUUGGGGCGGAGUUUCGCCGUCGUCCCGCCCCUCCGCGCACGCACGACGCCGCCUAGGCGGAUCCGGAAACUGACAUCUUCCAGUCGCGAAGCUGACUGGUUGAUCGUGGGCUGGUUCCCGGAUGGGGUUUUCCUGAGUUGUUUGGGUUGACGCUGGGGAAGGGAACAUGGCCGGGCUAAAUCAGCCCUUGCGGGCACUGCAGGGACCUUUGUUUCCGCCUAAGGACCUAGUGGAGGAAGACAUUGACUGUCUAAAAGAGGAUGUGGAGGAGGAUGAAGACCCAGUGUUUGUGGACGCCGAGGAGCUCUGCAGUGGGGGCGUAAAGGCUGGUUGCCUCCCCGGUCGCCUUCCUGUUUUAAUUUAUGAUGAAGACACUAAAGAGAAAUGUGAAGUGUUUGGACGUUUUCCAUUAACAGAUCCUUGGUGGCGAGUGAAGGUACAAGUAAAGCCUGUGGGAAGGAGGUAUCAUACUCAAGGAUUUCCAUCUUACUUUUUACAGUCUGAUAUGUCACCACCAAAUCAAGAACAUAUCUGUUCCCUUUUUCUUAAGGAGUGUCGGGUCUCUGAUGAGUUUAUAACUCAGUUUUCAGAAUGGGUAAAUAGAGUAUCAAGCUAUAAAUACCUAAACUUUGGAAAUAUUACAGAAGCAUUAAGAACUUUCCAAAAAGAAAGUGAAAAGAGAAAUAAAAAAAAACCAACACAGAAUGAACAGGAAGAGUCAGUACCAGAUCGUGAGAUAAGUCUUCCCCUGGAGAACACAAUUGCAUUUAAAAAUGUUAUGAGAGCUUUACAGUUUCCAAAAAUAAUGGAAUUCCUUCCAGUUCUUCUUCCUCGUCACUUUAAACAGCUCAUAAACUCAGACUCUACAAUGCUUUUGGAAGCAAUAGAAGAGAUUUUGGGUACAUGUCCAUGGAUACUUGGAUUUAGUAAAAUAACCUACAGAGAAUUGAAGCUCUUGCAGUGUGAGGCAAGUUGGACAGCCUUUUGUCAGUGCAAGUCUCUUCUCCAGUUGAUGAGUGAUCUAGAGAAGAAUGCAUUAAUAAUAUAUUCUAAACUGAAGCAGAUAUGUAGAGAACACGGGCACACUUGUAUUGAAGAAGCUGAAUUAACUUCUAAAUUGUCAGACCGUAUGUCUUUUGAUGAUGCUUGGCAGUCUCUGAAGUUUUUGAAGGAUUCUGGUGUGGUGACAUACGAGAAAGGCUGUGUCUUUCCUUAUGACCUUUACCAGGCCGAAAGGGACAUUGCCUCUUCUAUAUGCCACCUGAUGAUGAGACCUCCAUGGGAUCUACAUGUAGAUGUUAAAAAGGUGCUUGCAUCUCUUCAGGCCCGCAAACCUGAGAAUUCAGAAUGUGCUGAUGUAUUGAAUGAAAGUAAACUGGAUGAAACAAGAUUAGAAAAUUCUGUGCACAUUCUGGACACACAGGACAAUAGUGACCAUGAUGGUGAAAAUGAACUUAAUGCAGAAAUAAGUGAAGUUCAACUGGAUCGGGAUCAGGUGACUGCUUUGGAAAUGAUUUGUGCAAAUGCUGUGACAGUCAUAAGUGGAAAAGGUGGUUGUGGAAAGACCACAAUUGUUAGCCACCUUUUUAAGCACAUAGAGCAGUUGGAAGAAAGAGAAGUGAAAAAAGCUUGUGAAGAUUUUGAGCAAGACCAGGAUGUAUCAGAAGAAUGGGUGACCUUUACUGAGCAAAGCCAACUAGAGGCAGGCAAGGCUAUAGAAGUUUUACUUACAGCACCCACAGGGAAAGCAGCUGGCUUACUGCGACAGAAAACUGGUCUUCAUGCUUAUACACUAUGUCAGGUCAAUUACAGCUUCUACUUAUGGGAGAAAAAUAAGAUGAUGAAGGACAAGCCAUGGAAAUUUUCAUCAAUUAGAGUUCUGGUUGUGGAUGAAGGGAGUUUGGUAUCUGUAAGAAUCUUCAAAUCAGUUUUAAAUUUAUUGUGUGAGCACUCCAAACUUUCUAAGCUUAUUGUCCUUGGUGAUAUUAGACAAUUACCCAGCAUUGAGCCUGGCAACUUGCUGAAAGAUCUUUUUGAGACUCUUAAAUCAAGAAAUUGUGCUGUUGAGCUAAAGACAAACCAUAGAGCAGAAUCUCAGCUAAUUGUGGACAAUGCCACAAGAAUCGCAAGACGCCAGUUUCCAAAAUUUGAUGCAGAGCUGAAUAUUUCUGAUAAUCUAACACUCCCCAUCUCAAUUCAAGAUAAGACAUUUAUUUUUGUCCGACUUCCAGAAGAUGAUACUGGUUCUCAGUUAUCUAAAAGUAAUCAUCACCCUCAUUUAUAUUCUGUGGUUGGAACUUUACUCAAAGAAGAGGACCUAAAAGAUGAAAAAACAUCACAAUUUAUUGCAUUUAGAAGGCAAGACUGUGAUCUAAUCAAUCACUGCUGUUCCAAGCACUACACAGGCCGCUUAAACAAAGACCAUCAUAAUAGACUUGUAUUUGGAGUUGGUGAUAAAAUUUGUUGUACGAGGAAUGCAUAUCUCUCCGAUUUACUCCCUGAAAAUACUUCUGAAAGUCUGCAGAAUAAUGAACUACAGGCCAGUGGUGAAGACCUUGAUGUUACUCCUCGUGAUUUUGCUAAAAAUAAAAAUAAGCGUAACUUUGAAAGUGAUAUUCGACUAUGCAAUGGAGAAAUAUUUUUUAUAACAGGAGAUAUAACUGAUAUAACUUUUGGGAAGAGAAGAUCUUUGACCAUUAAUAAUUUUGCUGGCUUGGAAGUAACUGUGGAUUUUGGAAAACUAAUACAGUGUUGUCGCAUAAAACAUGCAUGGGCAAGAACUAUUCACACAUUCCAGGGCUCUGAGGAGCAAACAGUUGUGUACGUCGUGGGAAAGGCAGGCCGCCAGCACUGGCAGCACGUUUACACCGCAGUAACCAGGGGCCGCUCUAGAGUGUAUGUAAUUGCAGAAGAAUCUCAGCUCCGCAGUGCAAUUAAGAGACACAGCAUUCCCAGAAAAACACGUUUGAAACAUUUUUUGCAAAACAGGCUUUCCAUGAGCUGUGCACCUCCAGCAGAGUUUCCAUCCCCAUCAAAAAGCUCUGGAGAAGGUGUAGAAGCUUGCACACAGCCAUCAGCAUCCCCACUCCCUACAGCUGGGACUGACUCUGGUACAGACGACGUCACCAAAAGCAGAGCCUCUACGCCUAAUGGCUGGACGUUCACUUUUGCUGACAAUUGGCAGUUACCUUCAUCUGAUGAAGUGGAUACAGAUGAGAGCCCAUCAAGAACACAAGGGUCCAAAAGAACCUGUGGGGUGAAUGUUGAUGAAAGUCCAAACAAAGUUCUUAUGGUGGAAGAAUCAUCUCCACAAGUAUCUUCCACAUUUCAGAAUUUAAGACUGAAUAAUUUAACCCCGAAGCAACUUUUCAAACCCACAAAUAAUCAAGACACUUAAUUUUACUUCAGAUUGCUCAAAAUUACUGUCUAUUUUUUUUUCCAUUCAAGACAAAAUGAAACAUCAUAGCUUCGAAGUAUCAAGAUAAAAGAAGAUGUCUAUGAGUGGAAUUUUAUUUUAAGGUAUUUGUGUUAGCUGAUGUUUUAAGCGUAUGAUCGAAGGAAACCUGAAUGAUUUCAACGUGUGUCAUCAUGAGAACUGUAGUAGCUAGCACUGGACAUAAAUGAGGGGAAAAAGAUUUUUUUUUAAACUUUGUACUUUAAAAAUGUUUUAUUUUUAGGAAUAUUAGGCUUAUUAACUGCCAUGAUCACUGUGGUUUAUCUUUGCCAGUGGGUUGAAGCAGUGGCAAAGAUGAACUGUAAUUGCGUCUGUUGAUAUUAUUGACACACAUUCCAGGUCAUCAUGUCUUCUGCAGAGCAGUUAGCUCGUAAGGCUGCUGCUGAACUCCCAUCAGUGCUGCCCCAGCCAGCAUACCUGGGGCUUCUUCCCGGAAGUGCCUUCCAUGUCGGGAGAACCUUAUUUUGAGUAUAUUACACUUUGGAAAUUUUUUUUUAUUUCUGAAGUGAUUUGAGUAUUUUAGAUUUUUAUUGUUAUACAGUAAAAGUUAGGACAAAUUUACCUCUUAUCUUAAUUUUUAAAAAUAGAUUUAUUGAGAUAUAAUUCACAUGUUAUAAUUCACCUAUUUAAGGUGUACAAUUUGAUGGCUUUUAGUAUAUUUACAGAGUUGUGCAACCAUCACCACAAUUAAUUUUAGAACAUUUUUAUCACCCUCGAAAGAAAUCCUGUGACUCUUACCUGCAAUCCCCACAUCCUCUCUAGCCCUGUCUCUAUAGAUUUUCCUAUUCUGGACAUUUCAUAUAAAUGGAAUCAUACAAUAUGUGGUUCUUUGUUACUGGCUUCUUUGACUUAGCCAGUGUUUUCAAACUUCAUCCGUGUUAUAGCAUAUAUCAAUACAUUUCUUUUUAUUGCCAAGUAGUAUUCCAUUAUGUGAAUACACUACAUUUUAUUUAUUAUUAAUCAGCUGGUGAACAUUUGGGUUGUUUCUACUUUAAAUCUGGAUAUUAUGAAUCAUGCUGCCGUGACCAUUCAUGUACAUAUUUUUGUGUGGAUGUGUGUUUUCAUUUCUUUUGGGUAAAUACCUAUAAGUGGAGUUGCUGGGUCAAAUGGUAACUUUAUGUUUAAACUUUUUUUUUUUUUUUAAUUGUACUUUAGGUGAA